AUGACAGCCAGUCAGAUCACAGUAAGCUGGACAGCCCCAGACUCCCAGCAUGCUGUGUGGUGGAGCUUUCUGGUUCGCUGGGAGGGUGUAGCCUCAGGCCAGGAGACGAGAAUGGUUGUGGCUAGCAGCUCCAGGUCCGCUGUGAUUGCAGGACUGGAGGGGUUCAGGAAGUACAAGGUCAGAGUUGACUCAGUCACAGAACACGGUGUGGAGAGCUGUGGAGGGGAGGAACUGACCCUAUACACUGGUGAAAGCCCUGAUGGGUACUAUGUUAGGCUACGCCCCGUCAGCCAGGCCCGCCCCAUGGAACUGUGGGUAAAUGAGUCCAGGUGUGUGUUCCUGGCCAUAUUCAGUCCAGGGCAGAACUACGAGGUGGGUGUGGCUUCAGUGAGAGGAGAGAACAAGAGCCAAGAGAUCAGCACCACAUACAGAACAGGCCUGGCCUCUCCCAGUAGUGUGAGAGAGGGCUCAGUAACAGAGUCGUCAGUAGAGAUGCUGUGGGAUCCAGCCCCUGGACGCGGACACAACUAUGAAGUCAUCUGUCUCAACUGCCACCACACACUCAUGGUCCAGAAGGUGUGUGUUCCGAGGGCAGUGUUCUCUGGGUUGCUACCAGGCAGGCUGUACCACUUCUCUCUGAGGACGGAGAAAGAGUCCUUCACAGACAGCCCCCCUGUCACACUCAGCAUCACUACAGUCGGCUGGACCCAGGCCAGGGACGUUGUCAAAGGCUUCAUCCUGUCAAUCAUAAACCAAACCUCCAAUCAGCAGCUGAACCUGUCAGCCCAGGAGCCAUGGUCUUACAGGUUUGAGGACCUCUCCCCAGGAAGCUAUUACACAGUAUAUGUUAUCAGCAGCAAUGGAGAGAGGAGGAGUACACAGGUUUCUGUAGACUUCAACACCAUCCCAGGAGCCCCACAGGAUGUGCUGCUGGUCGAAGAGGAUGUGACCUCAUCAGUGUUUGUGAGCUGGGGAGCCCCAGCAGGGGGGCGUGGAGGGCUGCUGUUGUGUCCGUCAGGGGACAUGUCGUCAUGUCGUGAGAUGGUGGUUCAUAGCAACAGUCUCCAGGUUGGAGGUUUGACCCCAGGAUCAGAUUAUGACAUCACCGUCCUGAGCCUGCUGGUAUCAGACUUCAGCCAGCCUGUCACUACACAGUUCUCCACACGUCCGGCCGGUGUGUGUUCCCUCUCUCUGCUCUAUGUUAACUCUUCCUGUGCCGUGGUGAGGUGGGACGCUGCCAUUGGCCAGUUUGACUUCCACAGGGUAACUGUUGGAAAUGGCUCGCAAACCCAUACGAUAGAGGUCUCCAAGGAGAGGCAGGUUGCUACAGUAACUGGGUUGAGGGAUGGCUGUAUGUACAACAUGAGCGUGGAGCGCAUUAGACGAGGAGAGGCAGGGACAGCUGCCUCCCUGACUGUAACCACAGUGCCGGGCCGUGUGCGGGGUGUAAAUGUCGUUAGUGUGUCUGCUCAGAACUUCUCUCUGCGUUGGGACCAGUCGGAGGGGUGUGUGGACCAGUACCUCGUCAGCCUGCUGCCCAACCAAGGAACUGUCUCUGUCUACCGCACACACGACAGACUCGUACAGGCUGACGUAUCCAGUCUGAGUCCUCGAACAGCGUUUACGGUCAUGGUGACCGCUGCCUCCUCCUCCAACCUCAGCCCACCGGUCAGCCGCAUAAUCAACACCAACAAGACCGCCCCAACAUCUCCUCCCACCAAUCUAGAGGGAGAGAGGGUGGGCUCCAAUGGGAUCCUUCUGUCUUGGACCAUGCCCUCUGACUCGCGCAUCGACGGUUAUGUCAUCAGGUACAAGGAGGUGUGUCCAUAUCCAGACCCCGCCUUCAAAGAGGUGACCAAACACCUGGACAUCCCUGAGACCCUUCUCAACCUCUUCUUACCAGGGUCUACCUAUAACAUCAAGGUUGCAGCAGAAAACUCUGCUGGUAUUGGACCCUAUAGCAAGUCUCUGUACAUCAAAACUGCUGAGGCUCCCCCAGGCCUGGUGACUAACCUGACAGCGUUUGCUGAGAACCACACGUUUGUAGUGGUCACUUGGCUCCUGCCACUCCGCAUCAACGGUCUGAUCACCAAGUUUGCGGUCAAAGCCAAACACGCUCGUACUGGUCAGACCGUCCGCAUACUGGAGCUGGAUGCUGAGGACAUCAUGACCGGAGCGCUACCACACUGCAAUGAUGCAGCAGACAUCCUGUCUCGUGGAACCCCCAGUCCGUCAGAGGUGACAGCUCUGACAGCGUCCUCUCCUCCCGUCACCCUGUCAGCCGUCCCGCCCGCCGCCACCUGGGCCGUACCAAUAUCCGUAGGGGUGGACCAGCUGCGACCUUACACAGCAUACGUCUUCGAAGUGUCUGCUUUCACCUCCGACGGAGAGGGACAGGUCGCCUCCACCAUGGUCCGCAUGCCUGAGUCAGCCCCAGAGGACCCUCCACACAACCUGUUGGUAUGGAACGUGACGUCUAAGUCAGUCUCUGUCUCCUGGGAUCCUCCAACCAUCGUUACCGGACGUUUCAGCUACGUUAUCUAUCUCUAUGGCCCCACAGGGUUUAUCUAUGAGAACAGCACAGGGGACCUGAGGUUUGUGUACUCUGGUCUGACACCCUACACACGCUACAGAGUGGCGGUGCGGGCCAAGUCUGCUGGCCUGCUGGGGCCUGAGGCCUUUACUGCUGUACUGACACCUGCUGAGGCUCCCAGUGCAGUGCAGGCUCUGCAGGCAGUAGCAGUAGACUCUGUGUCAGUGCGUGUGAGUUGGAGAAGUCCUGCCCAACCCAACGGUCUGAUCACACAGUACAGACUCCUGGUUCUGUCUGACAACACACUGCUGCAGGACAUCACCCUUACUGGAACACAGGAUCUAAAUUACACUGAUCUCCUUGGUGAUGGAACGUUCGCUGCAGUUAGCCCUGACCACUCUCGCCGGCGUAAGAGAUCAGCUGACAGCCUGACCACCUCCCCGCCUGCGUUCACGGUCACCCUCCCCGACCACACGCUCAUCACCGGCAUGACCAGGACUGCUAUCAGCCGCACACACAGCGCUCCAACCAGCCCUAACACUAACCUUGAGCACAACAGCAACACUGACCCGAGAGUCACUGAGGGCUCCAGUCUGGCCAGUAUGGCCCCUGGGACUGGCCAGAUCUCUGACUUUCCAGACGCCACCCCUCUGACCUUUGACCUUGUGACUUCAGGGACCUCUUCCCUCUCCCUAACCACCUCACCCCCGGCCACACCCCUCCCCUGGCUCACUGCCCACUCACAGCCCGGCCAGCUCACCUCUGGCAAGCACCACCUCUCCACCCGCUCUGCACCUGCAGCCACUGGACACCUCCAGACAUACCUCUUCACCAGGGCUGCUGCCUCCAGCACCCCAGGAAGAGUGUAUGUGAGGGACAAGGUCAUAGACAUGCAGGCUAAGGAGCUGUCUUACUUAGUCUCUGGUCUCAGUCCCUUCACUGACUACACCUUCACUGUUACUGCGGCUACUGCUAUUGGAGAGGGACCUGCAACACGUGUCACUGAGAAGACUCGCGAACAGGUUCCUAGCUCAGUGGUGGGAGUGUCCUAUCAGAAUGUUAGCUCCACCUCUAUCCUGGUCAGCUGGACUCCGCCCCUCAACCCCAAUGGACGAAUCACACACUACACUCUCUACGGACUCAACUUACACAGCAACCGGGCCCUGCAGAGAAUUACACACAACACCAGCAUACUGCUCACAGGGCUGGAGAAGUAUACAGGUUAUAAGCUGCGAGUGGCUGCAUCUACUGCUGUAGGAGAGGGCUCUCUGUCUGACCUAGACAAUAUUUUCGCUGUCACACCCGAGGAUGAACCUGACUCCCCUCCUGUAGGGUUAACAGUGGUAGACACUUCUCCCUCCACCACCACCCUCUCUUGGUCUCCCCCGGAGAGAGCCAAUGGGGUGAUCCAACAGUAUGAGGUCCUGUACGAGAACCAAUCGUAUGUGGCAGUGUUGAACAGCUCUGUCCCCAGAGUGACUCUGACAGGGCUAAGGCCGUUUUCAUACUAUAAUGUCUCUGUCAGAGCAUACACACGCAUCGGACAUGGGAACCACACCUCAGACACACUCACUAUGCUGUCUGGGGAGGACGUCCCGGGUAGUCCUUCCUACGGCCUGUCCUACGUGUCUGUCAGUUCCAAUGAGGUGAACGUGACGUGGGAGCACCCCCUGGUGCCUAACGGAGUUAUCACACAUUACAGCCUUGAGCUGCGAAACUCCUCCCACUUCCUCAACCUGACCACACCCAUCAACCACGCCCAGAUCACACACCUGAGGAAGUUUGCGCAAUACACUCUGGUGGUGAAGGCACACACACGUAUUGGCUCCGGAAACCACAGCAGUGACCCUCUCAACAUCACCACUCUGGAGGACGACCCAGACACUCCCCCUCAGUUUCUGCUAGCCAGGACAUUUUCAGACUACGAGGUACAAUUGUCAUGGGAACCACCAAAAGAGGCCAACUCUGAGAUCCUCUACUACAUAGUCAGAGUCUGGAAUGAGUCGUCUGAGGUGUGGCAGAACGUGACAGAUACAGCUGUGGUUAUCAGUGUUGACUCAGAGAGUCGCUACAACGCCUCUGUCUCCAGCUGGACACGCCUGGGGGACGGGGGAGUCCUUAUAUACAUCAGCUUCAGUACUAUUGACACAGUGCCGUUUGACCCUCCCCAGAAUGUGUCGUUAGUGAACCUGACCUCUUCCUCGGUGACCAUGCUCUGGCAACCUCCCACUCAGCCAAAUGGAAUACUCCUGCACUACACUCUGUACUACUCAGACAAUACCACUGUCACAGAACAGCAUAUCCCAGUGUCAGAGCUGGACCCUGUCUCUCUGGGGAAGGACCUGUCCUACCGUCUGUCUGGCCUAAGAGGAGGACAGAACUACAGCCUCUGGCUGACCUCCAGCACCCUGCAGGGAGAUGGCGGGGUCCAUACUGAUCCCUUAAACCUACUCACCCCAGAGGACGCCACCGGACCUCCAGCCCACCCUGCCUGUCCUGCUCUGCCAAGCCCAGCAGGGCUCACUGCCCUGGGCUCAGACACCCACACACCGCCCUCUCUCCUCCACCCAUCCAUCCACAUUACCAGCCUCUCAAUCUGCCAUAGUAGUUCAGUCAGUCAUUCUAACUCCUCGUCGCCCCCCACAGUGCCCAGUGAUCCGGUCCACAACCUCAGUGCUCAGAUCUUCAGUUCUACGGCCAUCAUAGUAAGCUGGGACCCCCCUAUGGAACCCAACGGACGCCCCUUCUACCUGCUCACCCUGCAGGAGGCUGGACACCCACUUACCACUAAACCCCUGAACCCCCCUAACCCAAACAGCAACCCCCGCGGACCCCCCACUGUCAACAAUACCAUCACCAAGAUAACCAAUGACAACGUCUUCCUGUUUACCAAACUCAGGAAGUACUAUCCCUACGUCUUCACUGUUACCCCGGCAACCAGUGCUGGCCCCGCCCACAACCACACCAGCCUGCUGCACGUAAGGACCGAUGAUGAUAUCCCCAGUUCAGCUCCAGUGCUGGUGUCCAGUAGGAACCUGUCGUCCUCCUCAGUGUCUGUGGUGUGGCAGCGCCCCCUGGAGGCCAACGGAGAGAUAACCGAGUAUUCCCUCACCCUGUUCGGCCCUGGAGGCUCCAACACCACACACACCCCCAACACCACCCUCACACUCACACAGCUGCUGCCCUACACAGCCUACAACCUCUCCAUCACCGCAGCCACCCGCAAGGGCUCCGGACCCCCGCUACUACUGAUGCUGCACACAGACGAAGCAGGUCCGAUGUCUCCUCCCCGGAACCUGUCUCUGUAUAACCAUACAGCCGUCUCUGUGUGGCUGACCUGGGAACCCUCUCUGGAACCCAACGGUGUGGUAACACACUACGGCUUCAGGAUCCUGGAGAACAACACAAACACACUCACUUACCAGAACUCUACAGGUCCAUGGACAGAAGGACAGCUGAGUGGGAUCCGGCCUCACAGUUCCUAUGAGAUCAGUGUGUUUAGCUACACCAGAGUGGGUCAUGGAGACCAGUACAGCACUCCUGUGUCCUUCACAACCAACGAAUCAGUGUCGGAGGUGGUGGGUAACUUGUCCUGCUCUGGUCUGAGCUGGGACUCUGUGUUUCUACACUGGGAGCCUCCAGCCAACCCCAAUGGACUCAUCCUGUACUACCAGGUCCAGGUGGACACACGCUCACAGGCAUACAUACACCAGGCUGACACAAACCAUUAUACGGUUAGCGGGCUAGCGCCGGACGCAGAAUUCAUAUUCACAGUGAAGGCUGUCAACUCUGCCGGCCCAGGAGACCAGAUCACCUGUAAUGCCUACACACACCCCGAGUCAGUUCCUGGUGUCCCUCGCUUCCUGAGUGUGUCAGAGGCCACAGCCACCAGCGUGACGCUCCAAUGGGCUCCUCCCCUCUCUGCUCCGGGCAUGCUCACUGAGUACCGCAUCACCGUGCAGCUGCUGUCACCCGACUGCCAGUCUGACACACCCCUAGCUGAGGCCACACCCCUGCCAGAGCCGACCCCUGCCCUCGCUCCAGGCUGCGUGGAUCAGGAUGUGUUGGUGUCAGUGAAUGGUUCUGAUGGUGGCGAGGGCAACAGGAGCAUCACUCUACAGUCUCUGGCCAAGUACCGCCUCUACCGCUUCAGAAUCACAGCCCUUACGAAUGCUGGGCCAGGACCACACACACCCUGGAGAUACACACACACACUGCCUGGGAACCCUGAUGCCCCUCCCAGUGACCUGUCAGUGACCACGUCCUCCAACAGCCUCCGUAUCCAAUGGCAGCUCCCAGAUGUGCUCACCGGCCCCACCUCCUACCUCAUAGACGUCCUCUCUCUGGAUAGCCAGGGGAUAAACCUGUCUGUAGUCCGCGGUCCAGAGGAGCUGAGGAUUGUAGUUGUGUCAAACCUGACUGCCUUCACUCGCUACUCUGUGACCGUGACCGCCUUCACUGGACCACUGGAGAACGCACGGCGGGACGGAAAGGCCACUGAGCCCACUGUCAUCAGAACAAUGGAGGAAGAGCCCAGGGAUCCUCCUAAGAACGUGACCCUGCAGGUGAUUCCGGAGGAGGUGACCCGUGUGUUUGUGACCUGCCCCCCUGAGGAACCCAAUGGGAACAUAAGUUCCUACACAGUGCUUGUCUACCGCCAGGGCCAGCUAGAGAUGACCAUUAACCACCUCAAUGUGGUCAGAAAUAACAACCGCACUCUGACCGCAGUCAUCGACGGGCUGAAGGGAGGCCACAACUAUAGUAUACGGAUAGCAGCAGUAAACGGAGCAGGUUUAAGCCCACCCAGCUCAGAGGUUCGGAUCACAACUGGAAUCAUAGCUCCUGCCAAGCCCAUCCAGAGACCCCAGGCUGUGCUGGACCGAGGAGGAGUUGCCAUGGUAACCUCCAGGAGCAUCAUUGUUCACAUGCCAGCCUGUUUCUACAGCGAUGACAAUGGACCAAUCAGCAGCAUCCAGAUCAUCGUGUCAGAAUCUGGGUACAUCUAUCAGACAGGAAAUAUAUCCAAAACGAAAAUGUUUAGGAGCCGCUGCUUUAGGCCUAGUCUGAGAUCUGUCUGUCUCUCUGUCUCAGUGAUGGACAGCAGGAACAUAACCAACUGGAAGAUUGCAUUCUUCUCUCGUCCCGCCCCUUACCUGACUGACAAUGGCUUCCCCAACCCACUCUGUGUGAGGGACGGCGAAAGCAGGGACACACACACACAAACCAGCAGACACAACAACUCACAAAUUAGACACAGAAUUGUGAGGGACAGGGUGCUGGACCGUAGAGACCACCAGGAAGACCACUAUGUUAUCGGAGAGGAGGGCAACUGUCUGACUGAGGAGUACAGUAACACACUCUGUAACGGACCCCUCAAACCAAACACUGUCUAUGUGUUUAAGUUCCGAGCCACCAACAUCCAAGGCCAGUACACAGACUCUGACUACUCUGAGCAUAUCAGAACCGCAGUGAAUGGGUUGUUGACCAGAGAUGAACAGAUCAUUCUGGGAGUUCUCCUCUCCUUCUUCCUGGCCGUGCUACUCAUCAUCAUCAUCUAUGCCUCUGUCAGGAUCCGUCAGCGUCAGAAGGAGGGAGGGACCUAUUCUCCCCGGGAGGCGGAGAUUAUAGAGACCAAGUUUAAACUGGAUCAGAUGAUCGCUGUGGCCGACCUGGAGCUGAAGGAAGAGAAGCUACACCGACUUCUCAGCUACAGAAAGUCUCUCAAGCCGGUCAAUAAGAAGUAUUUUCUGCAGCAUGUAGAGGAUCUGUGUGCCAACGAGAACGCCAAGUUCCAGGAAGAGUUUGCAGAGCUACCCAAACUGCUGCACGACCUGGCUACAUCAGACGCUGACCUUCCCUGGAACAGAUCCACGAACCGCUUCACUAACAUCAAACCCUACAACAACAACCGUGUUAAGCUGCUGUCUGAACCUGGCUUGCCUGGAUCUGACUACAUCAACGCUAGCUUCAUCUCAGGCUAUCUGUGUCCCAGUGAGUUCAUAGCGACCCAGGGUCCUCUCCCCGGUACUGUGGCUGACUUCUGGAGGAUGAUAUGGGAGACUCGCACACAAACCAUUGCUAUGCUCACACAGUGCUAUGAGAAAGGAAGGAUCCGGUGUCACCAGUACUGGCCAGAAGAUAAUAAGCCGGUGACAGUAUUUGGGGACAUCAUCAUCACCAAGUUGACAGAGGACGUCUAUCCUGACUGGACCAUCAGAGCUCUCAAAGUGGAGAGGCAUGGGGACUUCAUGGUGGUUCACCACUUCAACUACACCUCCUGGCCAGAGCAUGGUGUACCAGAGUCCAGCACCACACUCAUACAGUUUGUUCGAGCCAUCAGAGCCAACAGGCAUGAGAACACCACUAUAGUGGUGCACUGCAGUGCUGGUGUAGGCAGGACAGGAGUGUUUAUAGCGCUGGACCACCUAAUUCAACACGUCAGUGAUCACGACUUUGUGGACAUCUACGGUCUGGUGGCUGAACUACGCAGUGAGAGGAUGUGUAUGGUGCAGAACCUGGCCCAGUAUAUGUUCCUACACCAGAGUACUCUGGACCUGCUGAACAGUAAAGGAAACAGCCAGUCCAUCUGGUUCGUUAACUACUCUGCUCUUGAGAAGAUGGACUCACUGGAUGCUAUGGAGGGUGAUGUUGAACUGGAAUGGGAGGAGACUACCAUGUAAAGGCUGAGAACUUCUCAGUCAACUUCACACCUGAUAAACACACCUAUUCCUGAGUCAUGGGGCCAAAUCCUGGACAUACUGACUGUUUGUCAGAUGGAUUGGUCCACCAGAGAUCGAGGGAGUGAAAGAGAGAGGGGGAGAGAGAGAGGAAGGAGAGAAGUUGCCCUUUUCUGGCAGGAGAGUCAAAACCACCCAACAGAAACUUGGUGGUUCCCUGGCCUGAAUCAACACAUCAUUGCAGCCCUCUUGGAGCCCUGCAUCUUUUCUAUGUCCACAGGCAGAAAAGAAAGAGUGGGAGAUACAUGUGUAUAUAUAGUAGGGCUGUCAGAGUUAACCAGUUAACUCAAGUACAUUUUUUGUCAUUUUAGUGCACACAUUUCUUUGUAUCAGGUUUAAUCACAUCUGAAAGUGUUCAAAAUAGACUGAAAACAUCCAAAAUAUAUCAUGCAUACAGCUAAAAACCACAAUGCGAUGUCCAAACAAGUUGACAUUGUGGUUAAAGAACGUGUGUUUUAUCAAUUUACCUGAUUUUAAUUAUUGUUACUUUGGACAAAAUCAAGACGUCAAUAUUCUUGUAAUGCUUUUUGUAUGAAUAAUCUUAAAUUACAGCCCAAUUUUAGCAGUCGAUUAAUCACAGCAAAUCCUGCGAUUAACGCAAUUAAAAAUGUUCUUCUUCAUUUGACAGCCCUAAUAUAUAGGCUAUAUAUAUCACACAUGUAGAUAUACAGGUAUCUUGCACUAGUCAUACCACUGUGUAUUUUAUUAUAUUCUUGUAUCAUGUUUUUGUACAUUUAAGUUGUUCAGCCAAAUAGUGUUGUCACUGUGUUCAUAUGUUUGUUUAUAUCACGUGUUACUAUGUUACUAUCAUCGUGUUUGGGGAUAAUAUAUUUGUGGGGUGUUAUGGUUUAUUUGAUGUAUUUUCUCUGAGUGUUCUACAUCUGUGUAGUAAAAUCAACUCCCCUACUCACC